GCACCCACAUAGCUCUUUUUAUGUAUUUUGUGGUUGGCGUCCGUAAUGUUGCACCACUGCAUCAUCAUAUGUAUUGCGAAGUUUAGAUUUAUGAACAUAAAAGGAAUGUUCUUUGGUGCUGUGGCGCUGAACUAACAGUAAAAAUGUGUAAAAGUAGAUUAUGAUCAUCACAUUACAAUUAAGGAUUUUCUGAACGAUUAUUGUACAUGUAUAUGCGAAGAGAAUGACGGUACCGCUAAGAAUUAAGAUUUAUAAACAUCUGUGCAUUAUCUGCAAAAGAGAAGUGUAAGUGCAUAUAGAGAUACACAAUAACAACAAUAUCAUGGAACGGUAUUUAAUUGAAAUGAUGAAAUACAAAGAACUUAUUGUCAUUGUACAAUACAACAAAACACUAAAAAGAAUUCACCAAAAAACAUACAACACAUUAGAAGACUAAUAAUAAUAAUAAUAAUAACAUAAUAAAUGGACAUAAGACAUUGUAUUUAUGUAGCACCUCACUAACAUGGUUACAAUGUGUUUAACAACACGGAAGGGACAAUCAAAACAGAAAUAAAUAAAUCAAUUCAUAAAACCAGAGAAGAAAAAGAAGUUAGACAUAAACGCAUGUGAACUUGACGCGUGAACGCGCCAGGUACCCAGUUGGUAUGGAAACCAAAAGGCGCAUAACACCAUGUCGAGGAGGUGUCGCUAGGAGACUGCUCCCCCUGUGAUAAAAACAUCGGUUAAAACAAAGCGCUUGCGACACUUUUAGCUCAGAAUUGCCAAACACAUUAAAGUCUGCAUUUGAGCCCCUAACGCUUGAUCAAAUCGUAUACGUAGGUUUUGAUAUGAUUAACAUCAUACCUAGACGUUUUGUAAACAAAACAGUAGACACCCUCUCACUCGCCCUCUGGUGGUAGACUAUGGGUGUGUUUUUUGUUUGUUUGCUUUUAAAUGCUGAUGACGGUAUAUAAAUGUAGCAAAAACAAUAUUUGUAUGGGUAGUAGUUAUACUGCUCUAUUUGCACCACUGGGUAGUUUUGUCAGUAAUAACGCUUGGGGUUGUUUAUGUCUAUUUCUUCUGUUCUUGUUCUUUUCUAUUGGCGGUUGACAACCAGCGUAUGACUGUCACCUACUGGACUGGAGUGGGGAUGUGGCUAUUUAUUUAUUUAUUUAUUUAUUUAUUUCUCUGGCGUCUUUUACUGUACUGUCUCCAAUGCAAUAAUACAUGUUUUGCCUUCUUUAAGAUAGUAACUAUUUUCUUUCUUCUGUCUUUCUUAUUGCAGUCGCUUUGUUUGACAGUUUCUCUUGUAUCGCUCAAUGGAGAUUUGAACGGUGACGGGAGCCCAGACGCUAGAUGGCGCUGAUCGAGAUUGUCCCCUCUUCUCCAUGGUGAUGAACGCAGCGGGGCUGGAGGUCAGAGUUGAACGUUUGACAGAAAGCCGAAUAUGGAUUCCAUAUUUCACGAGAAACAAGAGGGCUCUCUCUGCGCCCAGCACUGCCUCAACAACCUUCUGCAGGGUGAGUACUUCACUCCUGUGGAUCUGUCCUCUAUUGCUCAUCAGCUUGAUGAAGAGGAGAGGAUGAGGAUGGCAGAGGGAGGUAUGGCCAGUGAGGAGUACAGGACCUUUUUACAGCAACCAUCUGGGAACAUGGACGACAGUGGGUUCUUUUCAAUACAAGUUAUAAGCAACGCUUUAAGAGUGUGGGGCCUGGAACUCAUUCUCUUCAAUAGCCGGGAGUACCAGAGCUUGAUGAUAAAUCCAAUAGAUGAAAAAGCCUUCAUUUGCAACUACAAGGAGCAUUGGUUCACUAUACGCAAACUUGGACAACAGUGGUUUAACCUGAAUUCAUUGUUGACUGGACCAGAGCUGAUAUCAGACACCUAUUUAGCCCUUUUCCUUGCACAGUUACAGCAAGAAGGUUAUUCCAUAUUUGUGAUCAGAGGAAACCUUCCUGAGUGUGAAGCAGAGCAGAUCCUUCGGAUCAUGAGAGUGCAGCAGCAGCAGCGGCCCAGGCUCAUUGGAGAGGAUGAGGCCCAGACAAGUGCUGGCAGGUCAGCAGCUGUAAACCAGGCAGAGAUGAACUUCAGUGUGGAGGAUGAGGUUGUGGAUGAAGACGAAGAACUGAAGAGAGCUCUGGCACUCAGCAGACAAGACAUAGAUGUGGAGGACGAGGAGGCCGAUCUGCGCAGGGCCAUACAGCUCAGCAUGCAAGGAGCAGUAAUGAGCAACAAGUCUUCCGAGACUGAAGUGGGACAUAAGAAAGCAGGCAGCCAGGCAGCAGGAAGUUUUUCAGGAGGACAAAGUGAGACUCUUACAGCUGAGGAACUGCGGAAGAGAAGACAAGCCUACUUUGAUCGGCAGCAACAACAAGCUCAGCCAAACACCCCUCAACAACCAGACACAAAAUCAACAGAUGGCUCAGGGUCUGUAGACACUGAAUCUGAAAAGGACCAACAACCACAGCAGAGCCAGUGAAGUUGUGAAAGGUAUACCUCUGUUGUUUACCAGCUGCCUGGAUUGGCAACCCCACACAGGGGUAGCUUUGCUCCUUCCUCUAACCUUUUGCACGUGCGAACACAAGGACAGUCAGAAGGCUGACACGUUUCCCCCAAUAAGUUCGCGACAGAGGCUACAGAGAAGAGAACAACAACAAAGUCAAGGCAGCAGUUAGUCUCAUCUAACUCAGUAGGGUACUGAGGCUGGGUAAAGGGUGACCACAGAACUCAUGAUGCAGUUAAUCCAAGUUUGCAAUUGCCUUUGUACCAUGGCGCCUUCUAUUUCUAUUGUAUACUGUUUUUUAUUCUUGUUUGUUCUCUGAAAGAAAUGGAAAGGAAACUUGAGCAUACAAUACAGCGUGUGUUUUUGUGGUUGCCGUGAAUGCAUACAGAGAUGGGUGGUGUGUAAAGCCCACGAGAGACCAAUGUUCAGAACACAGAUAAAAGGUUGAUUUAGUAAUGACAGAGCCCUCCUACUACUUUUCACAAUUGGACUUGGAUUUGUUGGACAUUAUGAUUCCAGUGUUCGUUCCAAAGAAAUACCAGUGAGUGUGGUUUUGAAAUCCUUUGUGCAAUGUACUGAAACAUCUUUCAGCCAGCAGCAGUAAUAUGUGUGGGUCACUUAUACUUAAACAUCAUUUCACUUGACACUUGAACAACUAUGAGUGAAUUCUUAGGGUAUUGAUACAACGGCGUGUUUUUGACGUUGUGGCUUCAUUUAAGCCGUUCAUUCGUUUACUUUUAAGCUUAUGAGCAGGAAUGAUGACGUUUAGGAUUGCACAGCUUACAAACAGGGUGUUUUUCCACUUUGGCUGGAUAGGUAACAACAUACAGUACAUAUAUAGAGCUACUUGUUGAAUCCAAGAUACUUCUGACUGAUAUUUUUCACAUCGUGUCUAGAAUAAGUUGUCAUGUCAAGGGGAACAAAGUCAAAAACUGUAAACACAUUGAAACUGCACCUGAUAAAUAAUGCAUUAAUUUUUUCCAGCACAGUAUGAUCACUUAAAAACCAAAAACAUAUGACGUAAGUAGCCUGAAUUGUGAUUUUAUGCAUAGUUUCUCUUCAUCAGUAUUUGUCAUAAACAAUAUAGGGAAUGUUUUUUAAAUAUUAAAAUAAUAAUUUUACUGUGAUGUCACAGUUUACAUUGACAGUCCCUAAAAAUGCGUCCUGUAUUCAGAUGUGUUCAUUAGCACUGAGGUUAUUAUAGGAAGCCAUGGUCUGAUCGAUCACCCUAUGAAAUAACAGUGAAAUGUUCAAGACCAGAAAGACUGUCAUGUAACCUCAUAAUUUAUUUCAAAUGCAAAGAAUAAACCGAAAUAUCAAAAAUGUGUCCCUUUGCAAACACUACGAAGAGGAUUUAAUUUUUUUAAGCUCUCCAUUUUUCAUCUACAAGUUUCUGUCUUAUCCUGAAAACAUAGUUAGGUUAUAGCGCACAAUAAGGAAUAAACUACAUUACAGCAGUUCAAUUUGCUUACAAUUGCAAUGUCUUCUGAAACAUUCAGCAUGGAUAUCUCUUCAUACCUCCACAAAAGUACUGGAUGUCACAUUAAAUUAGAUUUUUUUGUGUGUGUUGGAUUUUUUGUUUCCUUUUUUUUUAUCCGUUAGCCUUUUUUUCUACACACUUGUCGAACAGUAUAAAAUGUUGUUGGUUAGGAUUUAUUUAUCAUGACAUUGUUUUCACUUACAGCAUUCUAACAAUUACCAAUUCAUGUUUUUGUUAAAUUUCACGUUACCAUAGCAAAUUCUUUCAUUUUAUGUUCGGUAUUGUUCCAGCAUUAAAGUGAUAUUCAGUCCUUCUAA